GUGAUCCAGCACAAGGAAGUCGCUCCGGAUAAAUGGGCCCUUAAACUGUCGGGAAAACAAGACGGCGCGGGGAGAAACGGCCAGGAGAGGACAGAGCCGAGGGACCGCUGUCACAACCGGUCAACGUUAGCUUAGUUUGUGGAGAGGAAGGACGUUACUUUGACAGUUAAAGCCCAACGGACGGCGGCGUGCACAGAGAUGGAGCUGUCAGCGAUUGGAGAGCAAGUGUUUGCUGUGGAAUCAAUCGUCAAGAAGAGAGUUAGAAAGGGGAAUGUGGAGUAUCUGUUGAAGUGGAAAGGAUGGCCUCCAAAAUACAGUACAUGGGAACCGGAGGAACAUAUUCUGGACCACCGCUUGGUGCAGGCCUACGAGGAGAAAGAGCAGAGAGACAGGUCUCUGGGUCACAGGAGGAAAGGAGCCAAAGCCAAAAGACUCCUUCUGCAGAAUACUGUCUACACCAUGGACCUCCGCAGCGCUCACAAGACUACAGAGAAGCCUCCUCCUCGCCUGCGCCUCUCCCUGACGCGCUCGCUGGUCCCCGAGGACGAGGACGAAGACGAGGACGAGCCGUACAGUGCCUGCGGGCAGGGCCCGGGACCACAGCUGGCACAUCACAAAAGCAAACCCAGGAGGUCGCAGUUCAGGUGCCUUGACUCAAACCCUCCGAGUCCAACGCAAGAGGACUGGGAAGGCCUGGGAGAGGAGGAAGAAGAAGAAGAAGAAGAGGAGGAGACAGAGCUGGCUCAGAAGGAGACAGCAGAGAAGAGGGGAGACAUUCUUAAUGGACGAGAGAGGACAGACGAGUGGAGCUCCACCAUCGAACCAGACGAAGACCAGACGGAGAAGCCAGACGACGUCUGGAGGCCUGUGAUUGGUCCGGGAGAGGUGACGGUCACGGACGUCACCCUCAACUCCCUCACAGUGACUUUCCGAGAGUCGAGAGUGGCCAAAGGCUUCUUCAGAGACUGGGGCCUGGAGGUCUGAAAUGUGAUGAAGUGGGAGUAGGUUGGGCAGGGUGGGCACUGCGGGAAAGACUCGGAGGCACUGGCUUAAUCACAGUGUGUGAAUGAUGACUGAGGGCCAAGAUUGGUGUUUUUCAUUCCCUCUCUGCAACCUCUCGCGCUGCUCUUGCCGGCUACUUCCUGUCUGGUCAGUGGUACGUUUACAUGCACAGAGUCACCUGGAUAUAAGCCGAAUUCCAGUUAAUGUUAUGUUUAGGUCGAGCUGUUCACCUUUGAUACAUGGGGACUGAAUUGGCUUGAAUUAAAGGGGCAUUAGAUACCCAUAACUGUGGGUGGCUUCCAUUGGUGACCAAGGAAAUGCAAAAACAUGGCCAGCUAACAGUGGUUGCGAGUUCGCCCAAACAUUUUCUUCACAGACAGAAGUUAGCGAGUUAGAGUAAUACCUCUAUUUUGGCUUUUUAUUGUCUGUAGAACAACACGUGGGACCCAGGUUAGCAGGCUAAUUGUAGCUUAGAUACACUCACUGGCACUGGAGAACCAAAUGUGCGCGGGGCUCUGGCCCAAAUACAGCUGCCAGAUUGAAGUAGAUUUUUCGGAGAUGCAGACUUUGUGCUGAGGAAGCAGGUCCAGUUAGCAGGAGUCGGGACAGUGUGAGCUCCUGGAAUCUCUGAUUGUCAAACAAUUUAAAACGAGGCAGGUGAAAUGGUGAAGUGAGUUGUAAUUCCCUCAAAAAAGGGUUGGAAGUGGUUAAAUGCUUCUGAUACAAGUAUAUAAUGAUCUUUUUGGGAUCUUUUUUUGCAGUUUUUUGAAUAAUCUGAACCCUGUGUUGUUUAGAUCCAUGUUUGGAGCCUGCAGUCUUCUUCCCUGGAUUUCGCCAGUGUAUCACUACGUUUUGUUUGUGUCACAUUACCGACACAAGUAGAUCAGUGGAAUAGUUUGAAGCCGUGUGCAGGAACAUGUAUUAUGUGUGUACGCCUGCAUUCUUGUGUGUUUUCAUGCACAUGCAGGACACACAACCACACUCUUCAAAACAUUCCUCCAUAGCACUGCUAGUGGUCAAAAACUCCACAGGAUGCCUUUAACAAUGUGGGCCUAAUGACAUGACAUGUUCAUGUUCUUAUCUCCUCUCAUACUUUUAUUUUGUGAGAUGGGCUCAUCAAACGGAAUUUACUUUUAUGUCAUAACUAUAUUCAUCAGAUAAAAUUGUGGUGUUAAAGUAUAAAAACCACAAAAGUAGAACAAAAUUGAAAAUGAAAAAAGUACAAGCUCCAAACAGUUGCACUUAAGUUCAGUGUAUGAGCCAGCGUACUGUGCAGCUCUGAAUGUGAGCGUAGGAUACAGACACAGAGUUAAGACAUUUUCACUGGGGGAAGUAAAACUAGGUAACAUCAGCAAUCGUGUGAGGAGAAGAAGAAGAAGAGGAAGAGUCCUCUGUGCAUGUAAACAUGGCCGCUGUUUCUGUCUUUCUUCCACACCAUGCUGACCGUUCAGUACUGGACCCAAACAUAUUGUACAUAGUCUAAACUACAGUGAGCAGUGAGCAUAGCUGUCAGUCCCCAUACUAACAUGCAGUGCUGUACCUGUAACCUGUAAACACAGACUGUUACCACUGUACAACAUGUGGCUUAGCCUUGUAUGCGUUUCAAAACCCUCUAAGAGAUGAUUUGAUCCGCCUGCAUGCGUCUUUCCUCCAGUACGGUUUUAUCAAUGCAAACGACAGACAGCGUAGGUUUUCCCCGUCCACCUAUCUCUUCAUCUCCAGACGUACAACACACCAUGCGAGUGACGACUGAGUCCUGUACCAAAAGUAGAAAACUAGAUGAGACUUGAUAACAGAAUGUAUUAUGGAAUUGCACUGUCUUCACAUCAUAAGGGCCUCUGAGUUUGAUUUAAAGGCGAGCGCCAGUUCUGAUAUUUAAUUCUGAAGUCACUAAUUAUUUGUGACAACAUUCAAAAGUCAAAAAAAAAAAAAAUUCAUAAAGAUUUAGUGUUUACCCCUAAAUGUAAUUAUUCAGACGGUGGAUAAAAUGCAUUUAGUCUAUCACUGUACAACAAGACUACCAAAUGCCAGACUAAUAGAUUUAGCUCUGUGAUCUGUUUAGCCCUUUAACUACCAAUAACACAUAGUUUACAUUACAAACAACUUUAUUAAACACACUAUGAAGUUUGGUUCAUUUGUUAUUGUGACAGUGACCAUCGACGUGCAGACUUAGACCUUGCUGUAAUACGUCGCCCAUCACAGCUAAUAAUUAUUUGCCUUCCUGUGUUAAAUACGUUGUGGUGAUGUCAUGUAUUAAAGCAAGAACUGUUUGGAAAACUCCACGUGGCUGCGUUCAGAGGAUGUACAGCUGUAAAAUCAAACCCUUCAGUGAAGUCAGUGGUUUCCAACCAGGACCCUUACAAUGGGGCUGAGUAAUGAGUCUAACAGGUAGCAAGAAGUUUGCUAGACAGGAAAUAAGAAAACUCUAAUUUUAUAUCAUGUCAGAGUUUUCUCUAAUCUUUGUUUCCUUCUGUGAAAUUCUUCAGUGGGUACAGAAAGUAUUCAGACCCUCUUAAAUUUUUCACUCUUUGUUAUAUUGCAGCCAUUUGCUAAAAUCAUUU